AUGACUGGUACUACUGAGAAGGACCUUCUUAUAGAAUUUCGUGAUGAAUUGGCGGCACUAUGUUGCUCAACAGUUGUCAGAGGAGACUAUAAUAAUACGAAAUAUCAAUAUUUCCAAGAGCAGUUGCUUAAUUCACACAUUAAUGGGAUGCAAAAGUUCUUAAAUUCCAAUGAAGAUGCAAUUAUAAACACUUUACUUGUCCUAUUGAACAGCAACACCGAGCAGAUUGAACUGGUCACAGAUGUCAAAGAUGUGGAGAACUUGGAGAAAGAAAAUACAGAGAACUUGUCUAUCUUCAUUGUCAUGAGAACCACUGAACUUUUUGAUAUGUCAGUUCCGUUAAGAAACCAAAUUAAUAUACUUUUUCUCCCUGGGUUUGUCACAAUUGAAUCUCUAGUAAAAUUGGUUAAUAACGGCCUAACAGACCUUUUUGAACUAUUUAUUAAAUCUGCAGGAUCGUCAUAUCCUCCUAAAUCAAUUAAUAAAACAAGGCAGAUGCUGUCAGAGAUUUCCCGCUCGUUGCAAAAUGUCGAAGAUAUCGUCGAAAUACCAACAAUAAUAAGUGAUGUCCAUCAGAUCAUAAAAGAUAUCAUUCUAAGAGGUGCUACUUUGGAUAAUUACACGACUUUCCUAUCAGAACAACAAAUAAAUGAUCCAAGAUUUCUUAAUAAUUUGCAGCGUUAUGAAAAUACUGUACAACGAAAUUGUAAAAAACUUCUGUCUUUUGAAUAUAGUGGGCAAUUUGAUUCAAUGGCCAGUGAACUUAGGGCGUUAUCACAAAUUGAGGCCGCUCUUUCAGCCACAAUUUCGCAAUUAAAAUCAGCUGAAUUUCAAAUCGUUCUGGCCAUUCUUCGUACCUCUAAUCGUUUGCACUCACAGUCUUCGAUGACUUUUGAUACAGAACUUCCCGAAAAAUUAACCGCUGUUAGAGGUUGUAUUAAAUUUUUAUCUUCUAUCCAAAUCAAUGCCCUAAUAACAGCAAAAAAUUGGGAUCUGCUCUCUGAGGUUUUGAACGUUAUAAGGAUAUCUCUAAGAAAAUUUAGACACUCUGACUAUCCCAUUGCCAACUUUAUUAACCUCAUUAACAAUUUAACAAAGCUUUUAUUCGAACAAAUUACUAAAUUAUUACCUUAUCCCUUUGAAAUAGACAAAGACCUUCUAGAAGCAACUAUCAAAAAUACGAUUGAUAUUCUAAACCAAUGGGAUAUUGUAUUAAAAGAAAAUAUAACCCAAAUGAGAGAAGUUGUUAGAAGAAACAAUAUUAAUCUAAAGAUAUCGCUUCUAUUUGAGUUUAACCCAGAGCCUAUUAAGAAAUUUUUGAAGGACGUUUUAAAAACUCGAAUUUAUUAUGAUAUUUUUACUACAGUACUGCAUAAUAUUGCAUAUAACAACUAUGGGUCUGACAUAGAAUUUCUAUUUGAGCCAUUACAUAAUUUCAAAAUAAAGGACAUCUCCACAAUUAGUGCUUGGAAUACUGUGUAUGAUGUCUACAACGCGCGACUGAUUGCAGUAGAAACUAAAUUAAUGGAGAUUUUGGGACAAACACUAAAUAAUCUUCCUUUCAAAAAACUUGUAGCUGAGAUUUUGAAAUUUAAACCAUUGGUAAAGUUUAGCCCUAGAGUUAAAGCGAAGAUAAGAGAUUGGCAGCAUGUAUUUUUGAAAAGUGCCAUAGAAGAGGCUGUAGCUCUGCAAAGAAGAGUUGAUUCAGACAAUUCAUCAAAGGAGGCAUUUGAAGUUACAUAUUUCCCACCAAUCUCUUCAAAGGUUUUGGAGUUUAAGCAAGUGAAUGAAAGAUUGAACACAGUACUGUCGCAAAUAGAAUCAUUGUUGGGGCCAAAUUGGUCGGAGCAUCCUGACGGACAAGUGCUUUCAUCAAAAGCCCUUGACAUCAAAGUUCGGACAACUACUGAUUCACUUGUAAAAUCAUGGCUUGAUAAUGUUGCGGAGAAUAAGUAUGACAUAUUGUCUCUUCCAGUUCUCAGGCUGGCUGGAAAUAACGAAGGUAAACUAAGUAUGGAACUUAACUGCGAUUCAUCUCUAUUAGAUCUUACCGCUGAAGUGCGAAAUCUACUGCAUAUGAGCGUUCGCGUACCAUCGCACAUACUCCGAGUAUCAUCAGAAUAUAGAGCUGUAUCAAAAAGCGCAGCACAUAUCCUCGAGCUAUACACUACGUUUGUCUUCUUUUUUAACCAGAUGUCAAAGUACAAGUAUAUUUCCUUUUUAUUGAAAACAGAAACAGAUAAUAUCUGGGAGCUGUUCGGAUCAUUACUUCAUACUUCCUGGAGAACUUUACUUUCACAGCCAUGGGCCAACAAGGAGCAGGAAAGUGCUGUCGCAAGUUUGGAAAAUUUAAUAUAUGAGGCCAUCGAAAGAUUCGGAAUUUUUGAGUGCUUUGAAGGCCAUAUUUCUGAGAAGCUGGAGCAGCUUGAACUGGUGUCCUUGAAUUUUGCUACAUAUAGCCAAAAAAGAUCAGAAUUACAGGAUGUUUUAGAACGCAUUAGCAGCAUUUAUCCUAUUCAACUCGAGCCUUAUCUGCAUUUUUUAAAUAGCCUUUUAAUAAAGUCGAUAGUGAACAGAUCAAGUGUGGCACUAAAAAACUUAAAUUUUAUGAAAGACAUUAUCACAAUACGAUAUGAAAAAAAUAAGAUAUAUUCGCUUCCGUCUAUUAGCCAAUUGAAACGAACAUGGUUACUGUCUGUUGAAUCCAUAUAUCAAGAUGCUGUUGAUAGAGAACUCUUAUGUAACAUAGGUUCUAUCGAAAAAUGUUACAUAAAUGCAUCUACACUCUUUAAGUUCCUACAGAAGCCUAUGACGGAGGCAGUUGAGAAAAUUUUGGAGGUAACUAACGACAUAACAAAUUACAUAGCGAGAUGGAAACAUAAUGAAUUUUUAUGGGAUUUCACUGAACAAGAUAUAGACGCAAAGAUAGACAAUUGCUUAUCCAACGCUGUUGUCUUACUAGAAAACUUAUUGAAAGCUAAGUCAGCACUGACUCCUCUCCAAAACUUCCAACUAAGCACUGCAAAAAUAAAAUUCAAGCCACAAAAUGCUUAUACUUUCGUUAUAGCCAGAUUUGAAUAUUGGGAAACUUAUAUUUCUGAAAGGGUAGCAUCCCUGUACUUAAAGACGGUAAUUCCUUUGCAGCGCUCAAUGAAUGAAAAGCUAGACAAAUUAGACCGACUUUCUUUGAACACAGCGUCUUUUGAUAAUAUCUUGUCCGUUGUUAAUCUUAUAACGAUAGUAAGAAAGGAAUUUGGAGAGAAAGAACAAUUGUGUCAGUUAUGUAACCGUACACAAAAUAUCCUUUAUAAAGUGCAUUUCAAAUUCCCAGAAGAUUUCACAUAUUCUGAUCAUCUUGGAAAUGUCUUAGAGAUGCUUACUCAGUCAUUCCAGAAGAAAAUAAGUCUGCUCCAAUUGAACUCUGCUGCUAUACAAAAAAAGCUCAAUUACGAAUUAGAUAGAAAUGAGGAAAUGGUAAAGGAGUUGAAUAAAAAGUGGGAGCAUCAGCGAGUUAAACUCAACGAACUUUUGCCGAACGAGGUAUUAAAAACAAUUGGAGAUUUUGAAAAUUUGUUUCAUGAGUACAGAGAUAGGGCACUGGCUAUAAGCGAAGCAGCGAAGAUCUUGCUCAUUCCAAUUGCCAAACCAGUAGAAUUGGAAAGCAUCUUAACUGAUAUAUCUAGUUACAGAGAUUAUUGGACUGACAUAGAAGGCUUUUGGCAAAAAACUGGCUCUGUCUACAAGCAGGAAUGGAGAAAUGUCAACAUAGAUGAUUCUUUGAGAGAGCUUAGAAAGCUCCUUGUAAAUGAAGCCGACGGAUCUCCUAUUUUCAGACAAUUCAGUGCAUUCAAAAAGUUAAGUGCCAAGGUAGAAAUGGUUUUGGAUUAUGUGGAUGUUUUACAACAACUCAAAGAUGACUCUUUGAAGCCAAGACAUUGGGAACAUAUUUUUGAAGUAUUGACUCUCGGUAGCUAUCAGAAUGCUUGUAUUUCCUCUUUAUCAUUUACUUUUGAUAGCGUCAUAGAAUUAGAUCUUAGAAGUAAUAAAGCCUUCUUGCAAAAGGUGGUUGCUACAGCACAAAAAGAGUUUGUAAUCGAAAAGGCCUUAUCAAGAAUCCAGCUAUUUUGGAGCAAAUGUCAUUUGCAGACGAAACUUUAUGAAGGUAAGUUUAAGAUAAUUAGAGAAUGGGAAGUUCUUAAAAGUGCCGCAAAGGAAGAUUUGGAUGAACUGUUGUCGAUGAAAGGAUCGCAUUAUUACAAAUCGUUCAAGAUAGAAUGUUCAGAAUGGGAAAGAAAGCUUUCUCAAAUAUCCGACAUUCUUUUUGCCUGGAUGGAGCUUCAACUAUCUUGGCUGAGCUUGUAUGAUAUUCUAGGAAAAAGCAAGGAUGUUAGGGGCAUUUUACCAUUAGAAUGUUCUAAAUUUCAGAGAGUAACUGCUGAAUAUGAAGCUAAUACUACAAGAGCCCUUGAGCUGAAAAAUUUGCUGGAAAUAUUGAAUAUUCCCGACUUUCUCAAAACCUUACAGCGUCUUAGUUCUUCUUUGAGGCUCAUCAAUUCAUCUCUCAAUGAUUUCUUGGAAAAACAGAGGAAAUUUUAUCCAAGAUUUUAUUUUUUGGGCAAUGAAGAUUUAAUGAAACUAAUCGGCAGUGGCAGUGACGUAGUUAAGUUGUCAACCUUUAUCCGAAAACUUUACGGUAAUAUUGUAGAGUUGAUUGUCUCCCCCGAUUCAAUCAAGGGUAUAGUUUCUAUCGAAGGGGAAGAAUUACUUUUUGUCAGUCCCAUCAUCAGUGAAAGUGAACAGCCUGUAUCAGAAGUGCUAAAAAAGUUAGAUGAAGAGAUACAUAAUACCUUAUCUUCGCGACUUUAUCAUCUUAUCAAGCAGCUUGAUGACAAAAAGUUACCUGCUUUUGAUUGCGAACCUUUCCAGUUACAACUUCUGGCGUAUCAAAUAUAUAUGACCAGCGCUAUCGAAAAAGGCAUCGAGAGUAAUGAUUUUAGCCUGUUACAUGAUGAGUUGAAAGAAAGAGCAACCACUUUGGCAACACAAGCCAAACUUCCAGGCAAUGCUUUGAAAAGUAAGAUUUCAGAAAAUUUAUUGAUUGAGGUUAUCCAUUAUAUCAACAUCGUGAAUAUUUUAAGUGCGUCAAAGACAAAUAUCAGCUGUCCCUUAUAUUGGUCACAAACUCCCAAAUAUUUGUGUGAGCUUAGCCAUAGUGAUGAACUUUGUUCUUUACGCGUGUCACAAUGUAAUUUUGAAGUAUGUUACGGCUUUGAAUAUAUUGGUGUUCCCGAAAGGCUGAUAUAUACUCCACUAUUAGUACACGGUUUUGCGUCAUUGAUGGGUUCAUUGACCCAACGUCUUGGUGGAUGUUUUUUUGGACCUGCGGGAACUGGUAAAACAGAAACAGUAAAAGCCUUGGGUCAAAACCUUGGUAAACUAGUGGUAGUUUUUAACUGUGAUGAUUUGUUUGAUUUUCAAAUUAUGACAAGACUUCUUAUGGGUAUUGGACAGAUAGGUGCCUGGGGUUGUUUCGAUGAAUUCAAUAGAUUAGAUGAAACUGUUUUGAGUUCGAUAUCAUCCAAUAUCGAGGUUAUUCAGAGAGGUUUAUUGAAUAAUGAGUCAUCCAUUCAAUUGGCUAAUGGUGUUUCACCAUUACAUAAAGAUACAGCGCUGUUUAUUACAUUGAAUCCAGAUUAUGUGGGAAGGUCUGAAUUGCCUGAAAACCUCAAAACAAAAUUUCGUGAAUUCUCAAUUCAGUUUCCUGAAAUUGAACUAAUUACAGAAGCUAUAUUACAAAUUAUGGGAUUCAAGAAUGUCAAAGAAUUAGCUUCACAGUUUCUGGCAGUGUUUAAUGAUUUACAGUUGAAGGCGUCACCUCAGAAACAUUAUGACUUUAGCCUUCGUGCAAUGAAAAGGGUGCUCCAUUUAUGUUCUGAUUUAAUAAAACAAAAGGUCUACAACGAAGCAUCGGUAGCAGCGAUCGUAGAUUGUAUGAGAAGAAUCAUUUUACCCACAUUAGCCUUCCAAGACGAAGAUUUGUUUCACUCCUCGAUGUUGGAACAUUUUCCAUAUUCUGAGGAUUCUGAGAUCGCAGUGGAUCCAAUUUCUGAAUGUCUCAAGUCGGUUGCAAUACAUGAGGGAUUGGACUGCUCUAUGGAGUUUUUCAAGAAAUGUCAACAAUUCUAUCAUAUGCAAAUGGUACAGCAAUCAAUUAUUUUAGUUGGUGCCGCGGGUAUUGGUAAAAGUUAUGUAUGGAAGACAGCCCUGUCUUCGAUGAAGCGGCUAACAGGUGUUGAUAAUACUGUUUAUAUAAUCGACACGAAAGCCCUAAGUAAGGAAACUCUAUAUGGAUCUCUUAAUAAGGCAACUCUAGAAUGGAGUGAUGGUGUGUUUACUUCCAUUAUCAGACGCAUUUAUGAGAAUAAUAAUCCUAUUCCAAAGAAGGAAAUGAUAUGGAUAGUUUUUGAUAGUGACUUAGACCCAUCGUAUGCUGAGUGUUUGAACAGUGUACUUGACGACAAUAAGGUGCUAACAUUAUCGAAUGGUGAAAGACUCCACAUACCUUUAAAUGUCAGAAUUGUCUUUGAGACAGAUUCUGUAGGAUAUGCAACUCCAGCUACUAUAUCCAGAUGUGGCCUAAUAUGGUUUUCAAAGUGUACAUUCGAUCCUUUUCAAAGUUUCAAAUACUCAAUUUCAAAGAGCUUUCAAAGACUGGAAAAAGCAACAACUCUAUCAGCUGAAUUUUUAAGCUCAAUUGAAAAGCAGAUUUAUUGCCACUUGAAUGAGGAAGUGUUUUCAAAAGUAUCGGCAGCUUCUGCUGCGCUUUACCACAUUAUGGCUUUAGAUAUGGGUUCGGCUGCGACUAUUAUGGCGGACAAAUUAUCGGCAUUUUUUAUAGAGCGUAGUGAACUGCUACAGAAUGCUAACAAAGUUGACUUGAAGCCUGCAAUAUUUUUGAAAAUUCAAGAAGUCGUCCUAGACACCUUGGCCGCAGGUUGUUCUACAAAAGAGUGUUUACAAUUUUCUAAGCUUAUCCAAAAGGAGCUUACUGAUGAUGGCACAGAGGAAAAUGUUGAGAUCUCUGACGUAAUGUUUAGUGCUGAGAGUUUAGCGCCAAUUUCGUACUCCUCUAUGGUGCCUAAAAUAUCUCUUGAGCCAGAAGAUAUAAUGAAGCAUGACAUUAUUAUAACCACCGUCGAUACAAUAAAACUAGAGGCACUUGUUUUGGAGCUGCUGUCUUCGAAAAGAGGGGUGAUUUUAUGUGGUCCUCCUGGAGCAGGAAAAACUAUGAUUCUGAACAAUCUAUUUAACAAAUUACCCACUUAUCAACUGAUUUCUAUGAAUUUUUCGAAGCAUACUACUGUAGCCAAUGUUUUGCGCACAAUUGAGAGGUAUACAAAGUAUGUGUCUCGCUCAGAUGAUUAUAUGUUGGUCCCACAAUUGCAAGAUAAGAAGCUGGUAUUCUUUUUUGACGAAAUCAACCUACCCCAAAACGAUAAAUACGGAAGUCAAGCUGUUAUACUCUUUCUCAGGCAGUUGGCCGAAAAGAGGGGAUUUUGGAAGGUUCCAGAAAAUAAGUGGGUCGUUAUAGAGGAUAUCCAAAUCGUUGGAGCGUGUAAUCCUUCUACAGACCUUGGGAGAAUUUCCUUAACAAAUCGCUUUGUAAGGCAUACUGCAGUGCUAUAUGUUGACUAUCCCACUCUAGAAUCGCUAAAGUAUAUUUAUGGAGCAUAUUUUGAAGCUGCACUUUGUUUAUUACCGCAGUUCAAAACUCUUUCAAAAUUUUUUUCAGAAGCUUCAGUAUCACUUUAUGUUGAUUGUAAAGAAUCUUUCAAGGCAGCUAGUCAAAUUCAUUACGUGUUUUCCCCCAGAGAUCUCACAAGGCUAGUUAGAGGGUUUUAUGCGCAUAUUCUAGAUGGGUCUCGUCAAGACCUCAUAUCUUUGAUAAAACUCUGGUCCUACGAGAUAUGGAGAAUAUUUGGUGAUAAGUUGGCAAGUCAAGAAGAAAGAAACAUCUUUGGAGGAAUCCUUGAAAAGAUAAUUGCAUCUUUUUUCCCACUUCAGGAGGGUGCUACUUUGGACACAGCUAACUUACUGUUCUCGGAUUGGCUAAAUCUGGAAUAUAUGGAAGUCCAAAGAGAAGAAUUCAAGACUUUUGUAAACCACAGGUUUAGAACUUUCUGUGAAGAAGAGUUAGAUUCAGCGCUGAUAGUUCAUGAUGAUAUGCUCGAUCAUAUUUUGAGGAUUGACAGAAUACUAAAGCAAGUACAGGGCCAUGGAAUGCUAAUAGGACCGAGUAGAACAGGGAAGACUACAAUGUUAAAAUUUGUUGCAUGGGUGAAUGGGCAUAGAAUUAUGCAGCCUAGGAUUCACCGAAAUUACACAUUGGAGGACUUUGAUAACUUCUUAAGAGAUGUCCUACUGAAAUGCACGGUUGAAGAGAAAAAUAUUUGCUUAAUCAUUGACGAAUCCAGUAUUUUAGAGGCAUCUUUUCUAGAAAGAAUGAACACUCUUUUAGCAAAUGCUGAUAUACCCGACUUGUUCCAAGGAGAACACUAUGAUAAUCUCAUGAAUAGGCUUUUACACAAGGUUAAUUCCUUUGGUUUCUUAAUUGAUACGGAGCAAGAAGUAUAUCGUUGGUUUACCCAAGAAAUAGCUAAAAAGUUGCACGUUGUAUUUACAAUAAAUAAUCCCAAGGCGUCUUCUUCUUUGAUAUCAUCGCCCGCCUUACUUAAUAGAUGUGUUAUUGAUUGGGUUGGCGAUUGGAGUGCAGCAACAUACUCUUCGGUUGCAACUGAAAUGAUACGAACAUUACCAUUCAAUCAUGACGGUCAUCAGGAGGCUACUGGUACGACUAGUACCAAUUUACAAGCAACCAUAUCACACAUAGUGGCCUCCUUCGACGAAUACUUCUAUGAAAAUUCUGGAGAAGUAGAACGAUCGCCCUGUCAUUUUAUUGACACUUUGAAGUCCCUAACACAACGUUUUGUUUCGAGGCAACAAUAUCUGCAAGAAAAUCACGCAUUUAUGACUAAUGGUCUAGAUAAAAUAAGUGAGUCCGUUUUGAAAGUCAAAGAAUUAAACAAUAUAUUGUCCCAAAAACGAGAAUUGUUGACUUCAAAAGAAAAAGAGGCCAGAAAAACCCUGGAUUCUCUACUUAUGCAACAGAAUGAAUCAGAAAGAAAACAAGAAGCUACUGAAGAAAUAAAAAAAAUUUUGGUGGUUCAGGAGACCGAAGCAAGUAAACGUCAUGAGCAAGUGAAGAAUAACCUGGCUAGUAUUGAACCUACAAUCAUAGAAGCCCAGCGUGGAGUUAAAAAUAUAAAGAAGCAGCAAUUGACAGAGAUAAGAUCAAUGAAUAAUCCUCCGAUUGCAGUUAAAACCAUUAUGGAAGCGGUAUGUCUUAUAUUGGGGUAUGAAUUUGUUACCUGGAGGGAUAUCCAACUUUUUAUUCGUAGGGAUGAUUUCAUUUUUGAAAUUGUGCAUUAUAAUACCGAAAGCAUGAUGACGAAUUUAAUUAAGGAUCGAAUUGAGAAUGAGUACUUGAAUAGAAGCGAUUUCACUUUCGAAACAAUCAAUAGAGCAAGUAAGGCGUGUGGGCCGUUGUUCCAAUGGGUUUAUGCACAAAUAAAAUACGGGGAAAUUUUACAAGAAAUACAUCCGUUAAGGCAAGAAGCCGCAAAGCUUGAUGAUGCCAGACUAAGAGCCAAAGCAAGGCUGAUGGCUGCCGAAGAAAUGGUAAUUGAUCUUCAAAAAAAUAUUGAAGAAUCUAAAACGAACUAUAGUAGUCUCAUAAGAGAUGUUGAGGUUAUCAAAACACAAAUGGAGAGGGUUGAAGUCAGUCUAGAACGUUCUACCAAGUUAGUUCAGUCUCUUAUGACAGAAAAAGAAAGAUGGCUAAAAAACAUCUCUGACUCGAAAAAUGCAAAUAAUGAGUUAAUUGGGAAUAGUCUCCUAUCUGCUAUUUAUGAAAAUUAUUUUGGGCAGCUUAAUGAAAGGGAAAGGUUAUCGAACAUCACAUAUUUGUUUACUUUGAUGAAAGAGUCCUUCAUAAAAUUUGAUAUGAACUAUACGUACCUGGGUGACCGGGUUGAGCCACAGCAGAAAAUUCAGUGGACUAAUGUAGGCUUACCUAACGAUGAAUUUUAUUUGGAAAAUAUGAGUAUAUUAGAGACCUCUGACUGGAAUGUGCCGUAUAUUUUGGAUGCUUCUGCAAGUGUUGUUAAUGUCCUUUCAUCGAUAUAUAAGAACAAAUUUGUUAAGCUUAGUUUUCUUGAACCUGGCUUUGUCAAAAGGUUAGAGAAUGCUGUAAAAUUUGGUAGCAUUGUUUUAAUUGAAGACGGUGAGUUUUAUGAUCCAAUCAUUAGUGGCCUAAUAUCUAAAGAAUAUAAAAAAAUUGGUGGUAGACAAACAGUUCAUAUUGGCAGUCAUGAGAUUGAGGUUGCUUCAGAAUUCAAGUUAUUCAUUCAUUCUCGAGACUCUACCGCACUAAUUGUACCCGCAUUAAGAGCACAUACCCGUCUAAUCAACUUUUCCAUCAAUAAAGGCAGUAUUGAAAUGCAAACUAUUCGAGCCGUGUUACAUGAAGAAAGGCCUGAUGUACAGCAGAAAAGGGAAGAGCUGUUUAGGCUAAAUGGUGAGUAUAGAGUGAGCCUACAAAAUCUUGAAGUUAAAUUGUUAAAAGAGUUGAAUAAUUCUGAGGGAAAUAUUCUAGAAAAUGAUGAACUAAUAAAUACGUUGGAGAAUCUUAAAUUGGAGUCUUCCGAAAUUGAGAAAAAACUCAGAGAGACAGAAAAUGUUAUUAUUAACUUUAAUGCAUUAGUAGAACAGUACGCUGUUUUAGGUAAGCAUAGCGUGUUACUUUUUUCGAUUCUCGAAUAUUUGGGAACAAAGCACUGGUUUUAUGACAUCCCCGUAUGGCAAUAUAUGAGGUGCUUAAAAUCUGUCUUCAAUACUGUUUCUUCUAACUCAGAGUUUUCAAGUAGGGUGGAUGAACUAUUAUGGCAAUUAUACUCUAAUGUGUAUAAGACAUUUUCAUGGAGCUUGGAUGAAAAAACUGGCAAUAUCUUUGGUUUGGUUUUGUAUAUGAGUUACAAUUUUUCCAAGCAAAGUGUAUCAUUUAAUGAAACAUUUGAUGGUGUUCUUACUUUGAUAGCUGAUGAGCUGGAUGUGUCCAGCUUCGAGAAAAAGCUCGCGUUGUUGAAAGCAAGCUGUCCUAUUGAAAUAUCCGAUUUACUUGAUGUCGUGCAGGAUCAGCCAUACAAGUCGCUAGUCAACGUUUUUCAAAGAGAAUUUGUGACAGAUAAAAAAAUAAAUGAUUUAAUUCUAUCCAAUGGAAGUUAUCCACUGAUUAUUGGUGGUGAAAGAUAUGCAGAUGGGACCUACAGGAUUACUAAUCUUGCCGAAGGCCAAAACCGCGAGGUAGAAGUGAUCCCAUUAGGUUCAGAAGAGAGUACAAAUUUUGCUGAAAAGGAACUAUUGAGAUGUCAAAAUGAAGGGGGGUGGAUUUUAUUACAAAAUCUCCAAAUGUCGUUGCCAUGGGUUGGUUCGUAUCUAGCCAAGUGUAUUGACAACUUUAUGAUGAAUAAUGAAGGUAAUAAGGAUAACGCAUUCAGGAUCUUCAUGACGUGUAAUAUUUCUGCACAUGAAUUACCAUUACCUCUAUUAAAUGCAAGUUACAAAUAUUUAUUUGAAGAAAAGUCAGCUAUCAAGGACACAUUUAUGGCAUUAUGGACCGAUAAUACGUACGAGGCCAAGAGUAAGUGUAUUGAGAGGUCUUCUGUCUACUACAGAUUCUUGUUGACAUGGUUCCAUACCCUCAUUAUUUCAAGAAAUCGAUUAGCACCCAUUGGAUUUACUAAAAAAUACGAUUUCAAUAAUUACGAUUAUGAGACAUGUCUCUCUUAUAUGAAUCACUUAUUAACAAAGCAAGAUUCCGUUCAAAGAAAUACCCUCUGCGGUAUGUUACAAUUUUAUGUAACUAGGAUUACAUAUGGUGGUAAGAUUGAUAAUCCUGAAGAUUAUAAAACCUUGGAAACGAUAUCUCACAAAAUUUUCAACUAUUCUGGUUCUCUAGAGGAUGCAUUUACGAUGUUAAAUGACAAUAUAUCGCCAUCUACUGGCAACUCGGAAACCUGGGAAGAACAAGACGUUAUAGCCUUGUUGAAGGAACUCAAAGAACCCACGGACUCGCCGAUCACUUGGCUGGGGCUUCCUAGAGAAGCGAUACAAGCGUACGAGAAGAAGCUAUCAGCGCAAAUCGCUACUGAGACCCUUGAUGUUUAUCAUGCGGUAAAUAAGAAUAACUCGUAA